AAAAUUCAGGUUGGUAAUGCCAACGCAACAGCCAACCUAUUUUUGCUUCACGCCGGUAUGCAACUGCUGACCUAAAUCUUUGUAACAAGUAGCAAAAUUCCAUCUCAAACCAUGUACAAUCAAUCAGCUUCAGGUUGGUAAUGCCAACGCAAAAGCCAACCUAUUUUUGCUUCACGCCGGUAUGCAACUGCUGACCUAAAUCUUUGUAACAAGUAGCAAAAGUAAUUUUUUGUCCACCUGACAAAUAUUUAUUAUUUUGAUAAAUAAAAAAAUGAUAAUUUUGAAAUAGACAAAAUAAAAAAAUAAAAACUAAGAAAAAUUUAUGAAGAUUUUUUCUUAUAUAAAAAGAUGUUCAUCAGAGUCUUUUAGAUCUUUUUAGUCUAAUAGACUCCAUAAAAUUGCCACAUUUUUUUCGACGGAAGCCAAAAAAUUUGAAUAAUGAACUUGUUAAGUGGAAAGCUCAAGAGCACAAGUAUUUUCUAUUGUAUUAUGGGCCAUUUGUGUUUUACAAACUUGGUAAUGCUGAAAUUUGUUCUCUUUAUUUAAUGCUUUCAACAUCUAUUUAUACAUUAUCCAAUGAAAUUGUUUCAUCAAAUGAUAUUGAUGCUUGUCAGCAACUAGUUUAUUUAUUUCAAAAGGCAUUAUGCUCCUAUUUCAGUGAAGGUAUUCGCACAUUCACUUUUCAUGCAUUAGCGCAUCUCUCUGACCAGGUAAAAAAUUUUGGACCUCUUACAGCAACGUCUGCUAUGGUGUUUGAAAAUGUAAAUCGCCAACUAAAAAGGGCUGUUACAGGAACUAAAGGCCAUGGAAGGCAAAUGGCUGAAAAAUUUAUUAGAUUUCAGACGGAAGACCACUUAAAUACUUUUUCUUUGAAUCCUUUUGUGUUAGCACAAAAUAUAUCAGAUAAGUUGCGGAAUAUGGAUUUGAAUGAUUUAAAUGUUGACCUAAAUCUUUAUCAGUUUUAUAACCGUUUUAGAGUUGCUGAUAGAACUUUUCAUGCUUAUCAUUAUGGUAAAAAAUUAAAAUCAGCUUCAUAUUAUGCAUAUUUAAUAGAAUUUAAUGUGAUUGUGAAAAUUUUGUUUAUUGCACAUAACCAAAGACAAAUCUUGUGUAUAUGUCGAUUGUAUAAAAAUGUAAGUAAGUUUCAUCGUCAUAUGGAUUCUUUUAAUAUUCCUAUCAAAAUCAAGCAUGUUUUGUCAAAAAUAUCUCCUUAUUUAUUGUUGAAAAAGUGUGGAUUAGCUGUUUUUGAUUCAAGCAAAUUUACUCACUACGCUCUUGUAAAAAAAACAAAGAAAUUUUAUUAUAGUGUUGUUAUUCAAAAUAAUUAUGAACAUGAUUAGGUUUUAUUUCUAUUUUUUAAAGUUUGAAAUUGUAUUAUGUUUUUUUGUAUUAUUAUAUAUUUACUUUACAAUAUUUUUUUUAUUAGAAGUUGUUAUUUAGGAUUCUGUUUGCAAUCAAUUAAUUAAUGAAACAUCAAACUUAAUUCAUAAUGGCGACAAGAGUUUGUUGUUUACAAUGAUCUAAAUCAGAUUUCUUUUUGUACCAUUUUGACUUUGUGUAGUGUUUCUUUUAAGAAUUAAAUAAAUUUGUUAAGAGAAAAGAAAUCAUAUCCACCUGUUAUCGCGGAUAACAGGUGGAUACGAUUAAUAUUUACGAUUAAUAAAGUAAUUAAAUAUUUAUUUUACAUACAAUUAUUAAUUGUUUUUCGUC